AUGGGACCAUGGACGACAUUACUGGUGACGUAUCUUUUUGGAGGCGUCACCUUUAUUCCGCUUGUCGUCCUGGCCAUACUGGCUCACGCCCACUAUACCCUGCCGUACCGGCAUGACCUGGUGCCUCCUCAUGGCCGCGAGGGCGACCGACUCCAGAGUGACAUUGUUCAACCCGGCGACGAUACCUCAGCUCUUGAGGCAGAAAAGAAGAAAUCACCGGCCGAAACCGCCAGUGCCCGCGCCACCCGCGACCUCGACGUUGCCGCCGGUUACUUCGCCGUCUGCCGCGAGUACACGCCCAUGGGUCUCAAUGCCAAACCCAUCGAACGCUCAACUCCCGUCGGUUCCACUACCGUUGCUCCUCCAAGCCCCAGCGUCUAUCAGACCAUGUAUAGAAGUAUAUUCGAUCGAAAGCCGGUGGCUGGGCCCCUGGAUAAUAAUAAUACCAAUAAUAGUAUGAGCCAGCGUCCAAAGAAGGCUGGCAACGUCUUUUACGUUGUGCUAAGGCACGGCCACAUCAUGUUGUUCGACGACGAAGAGCAAUUAGAAGUACGCCAUGUUAUUUCAUUGGCAAGCUAUGACAUAAGUAUUUACUCGGGCGGCGAUGUCACCCCCGAAGGUGAGUUGUUCAUCAAGCGGAAUGCGUUGUGCUUGUCGAGGAGAGCAGACGGCCACGAUAUACCCGACGCAGACGGCCAGACGAUGAAGCCUUUUUAUUUAUUUUCUGAAAACUGCUCGGCAAAGGAAGACUUUUACUUUGCCUUGCUAAGGAAUCAGGAGCAGACUUUCGGCUUCGACUCGAACCCCCCAAUCCCCAAAGGCUUCGAGGUUAAAAACAUCAUCUCCUUGGUACAACGGUUGCACUCUUCCGAGGACCAUGUUCACUCCAGAUGGUUAAAUGCAAUGCUUGGAAGAAUAUUUCUGGCCGUCUAUAGAACCCGAGAUUUGGAAGACUUGAUCCGUGAAAAAAUCACCAAGAAAAUAUCCAGAGUUAAGCGACCUUCAUUUCUAGCCAACAUCACCAUCCAGAAGAUUGACACUGGCGAAGCGGCGCCUUACUUUACAAACUUGAAGCUCAAAGACCUGACGGUAGAGGGCGAGUGCGUUGUGGAGGCAGACGUUAGAUACACUGGCAACUUUCGCCUCGAGGUUGGUGCUACAGCCAAGAUUGACUUUGGGACAAGGUUCAAAGCCCGAGAGGUCACCUUGCUGUUGGCCGUUGUCCUAAAGCGCAUUGAGGGCCAUAUUUUAUUCAAGGUCAAGGCACCACCCAGCAAUCGUGUGUGGAUGUCUUUUCAGACGAUGCCCAAGAUGGAAAUGGUCAUCGAGCCAAUUGUCAGUUCAAGACAAAUAACUUAUACUCUGAUUUUGCGCCAGAUCGAGAGCCGGAUAAAGGAAGUCUUUGCUGAGACAUUGGUGCAGCCGUUCUGGGACGACGUACCCUUCUUCAGAACGGAACACAAGAUGUGGAGAGGAGGCAUAUUCCAAGGCGACGAUGCUGUUGUCAAGUCAAGCGAAGAUGCUGAGCGUCCACAGGCAGUUCCUAAUGUCGAGCAACCGGAAAAGUUGGAUGAAAACGAAGAUCUCUUAAAUCAAACUCGACCCCUAGAGAAGAGUCAGACUCUACCUGCCAUGGGGCAGCAACCAACCAGCACGGGCUUCUUUGGCAGGAAGCUGGGAAAGAGUGCUAAUGGAAGUGCGACUUCUGUCCUGACCACUGCUAUCGACUCCAAGGCCCUGAACUCUGGCCACAGCACGCCGCGAUCUCUCAAUAUCAUCAAGAAUUCGACGGACCCUGUGGUAGGCACCGAAACUGCCCACGCCGACCUCUUUAAACCUUCCUCGUCGCCUCCUGACCAUGCCACCAACCUCAUGGCCUCUCUGGCAUCUCGGUCCCAGGACGCAUCACCUAUGCAGGUACCUGAGCCCUCAGCAAAGGCAUCGCCCCGAGCUAAGAGGUCGAGUCGUUCCUCGACCUCCUCCAAGGAAAUUGAGAGCAAGGAGCAUACCGGAGAUACAGAUAUAACACCGGUACAAAGAGCACACCGCAACACAACAUCCUCGGUCGAAUCUCUCCCUCACAGUGAAGAUUCUGGCCCGGGCUCACCCACGCCAUCUACAACCGGCUCGUUCAAGAGCCAUACAGAGUCACUUGGUCGAAACUUCUUCUCAAGACGCGACACUACUAGCACCACUGCAUCAACCGAGUCAUCCUCGGGCGGUAACCUGAAAAGAAACACACUAGCCGCCGUCACAAAUGCUGCGGAACAGGCAAGACAGUGGGGUUGGAAUGCAAUUCGCCGGCAAAAGGAACAACGGCAAAACGGCGACAAGUCCCAUCAAGUUGAUCUCAGUCAACCUAUGGGGCGAGGUCAACCACUACCGCCUCCAGGAACACCGCUCCCAGGCCCUACCAAUGGGGGCACAAGGCUUGUCACUGCACCGGCGCCUAAACGUAAACCUAUUCCAUCCUCUUCCUCUAUCCGUGAACAGCCGCAGGCCGAGUCUAUGGAUCAUGACAAAGAAAAUCGAUCGCCGCAGCCGCCUUCGCUGCCUCAACGAAGACGACGAGGCGCAAGCCAGCAGCAAGAAGAGGUUGCGGAACAGAGUAUGCUCGUUGUGGCUGCCCCUGACGAUUCCCGGCCAGGUACACCAUCCCAUGAGGACAAGGUAGACCACGAUGAAGCUUGGGGAAACUCUGCCACGAAAGUCGAAAAGGCAGCAAGACCAAAGAUGGAAAUGGGAGUUGAGGUCAAGAAGGAUCUCCCAGUGGCAGUCGUGGAAAUUAAGUCUGGCUCUGCAGAAACCUCGUCCAGCGCUGUUCGAGAAUCUUCACAGGAGCCUGCCAUAGAGGGUGUGGAAGCGGAAAAAGAAAGUCCUCUGGCAGCACUACCAGCUGCCGACGUCGGUAUCGAUGACGACGACGACAUUUCUGGUUGGUUAGAGGAUGAUACUCUGGGGGACGAGUCAAUUGCUGAGGGGCUUCCUGUAACUACUGGUGAGAUCAAGUGA